CCUUUUUGAUAGAAAUACUGGAAAAUAAACAGGGUAAAAUAAAAUAUACCUGUUUAUGCUAAAUAUGAUUUAAAUUUCAAAAUUGAUUAUAUAUUUUCAGCUGAAGCUAAUAUAUAAGGAUCCGACGAAGAGAGAUGCUAAAUUAUGUCUUAAUAAAUCGUAUGGAGCAGAAAAUCCCAGAGAAUCGAUGAAUUUAAUCAUCGAAAUUUGGCCUUCAUUUACAAAUGGAUUAAUUGUGAAGAGAUGGUUUCCGAAAAAUUGACACUCUCCUAUUCGAUGAGACAAAAGAAGUAAAAUGAACGAUUGCAUAAGGUACCAACAAUGAAGAAUUAAAUGUGACUUAUAGGAAGAUACUAGCUUUCAUCUCCUCAUCUCCUCUAAAAAGAAAGAUUGGAAAGAAGGGAAGAGCUUAGAAGGAACAAUAUUUAGAUUUAAUACCAAUAUUACAUCUCGUCAUGUUUCAAUCCAUGGUCCUGUUUUCUAAGUAUGCUUGGCUAGAUGCCUUUGAUCAUGCAUUCCCUAAAAAUAAAACAUAAAAAGUCACCUCUUUGUUCCUAUGGAGCUCUCAAGUGGUGUUGAGAAUUUUGGAUCUAUGUUCGGCUUUUAAGAACACCCGCCGUUGUUUUGAGCAGUGGAUUCAGCUUCUUCAAAAAAUAGUGAUCAACCUUGUGGAAGGAAAAACAGCAAUUAUUCAUUUCCAUAAUGACAGUCGCAUCUUUGAAAAAACACAUUUCCUUAGAGUUUAACAGCUGCGAAGGAAGAGGAAACUUGGACCAAAAAACUCUACGGAGAGAAAGUAAAUUCAUUUCAAGGAAUGGAUAAUAAGUAAGAACAGAUCCAUUCAUUUGGACGUCCUAAAGCGUUCGACUGAUGGGCUUUUGAGUUGUAUCACACGAAAAUAGAACGAUGUCUGAAAGAUUUACUUACCUUAUUACCUUUAUGAAGAUUUCAAACCUAAUCUGUCAAGAGAUCGAAUGUCUGACGGAUUCUACUAAAGUAUGUAACGAGUACUUCUCCAGGAUCAAUUCAAAAACAGCGAUUCAUUUUUACAAAAACAACAAGGUCUAUUUUUCUUCAUAAAUGAAUUACUAUUUCUUCUUCAUUUUCGUCAAUAGCAAAACGAUUAAGCAAAUAUUUUCGUAGAUACGUGAUGGCUUUCUCUGUGUUUACUUGGUGAAUUUGGUGUAAGACAGUAAGUAUGGUCCACAUAACUUGCUACCUUCUCCUUUGAUACAUUAUUGGUGAUUGAAAGCCAAUUUUUAGCAUUUACAGUGUUUAUCACAUUUCGUUCAUGAUAAGUUACAAAUCUGCUGGCUUAUAGCACACUGUCUUUUCGACAAAAUUUUAGGAUACCAUUACUUAACUAUUAGAAGACGAACGCUUAUAAUUGAUUCCAAUUCAUAUCACUCAUUAAUAAAAGAGGAACUUAAUUCGAGAAAGUCAAGCGUCAAUUGUUCAGUACUUUCUUGAGAGAAUUCCUAACCUCUUUGGUAACAAGUCAGCUCUCAAAAGGCCUUUUAAAAGGUUUAUUAUAAUCAAAUAAAAAAAAAAUGAGCCGAUGGAUUCGACGUCCUCUUCCACGUCCAGCUGAUGAGGAAGAAAUGGCAGGUCUCACAACAGAACCACCGAGUCAUGGUAGUAUACUGACGAUUCCGACUCUUAACUAUCAAAAUUCAGAUGGAUCUAGUUUUCAGGUGUCUGAAACGGACGAAGAUGAGAAAGAGUUCAGGCAUCUUGUUCCUUCUUCAGAAGCUCACUCCAUAGAUGAUUUUAUUAUUGAUGACUAUAUCAGAGGAGAAGAAGAAGAAGAUGCAUCUGCGCCUUUUGAAGGGUAUACCGCGCAACCAAAUCCGAUUAGUUCGUAUGAUCGGAAUACGGCGAGUCAAAGUGCUCAGCAACAAUCAAAUCAUGGCUCUCGCUUAAGAAGGAAAAAGACAAUUCAAAGAGUUGAACUCUUUCGAGGUAAUUUGGUCUUGGAUUGUCCUGUUCCCAAGAAGCUCAUUGCUAGUCUACCUCAACAGCAAGAUCGGGAAUUUUCUUACAUUCGUUACAGUGCUGCAACUUGUGAGCCUCAAGAUUUUGUCAAAAAUUUAUUUACGUUGCGACAACCAUUAUUCGCGCAGCCUAGAAAGACGGAAAUUUGCAUAGCCAUUACUAUCUACAAUGAAGACGAAAUCUUAUUUGCACGCACGAUGCAUAGCAUUAUGAAGAACAUUUCCUAUCUUUGUUCAAAAAGGAGCUCUCCUGUAUGGGGAGUAGAUGCUUGGAAAAAGGUGGUUGUAUGUAUAAUUGCCGAUGGCCGAACCAAAAUACAUCCAAAGACUCUAGCAUACUUGGCAUCCAUCGGUGUUUAUCAAGACGGAAUUGCUAAAAACAAAGUCAAUGAAAAGGAAGUUACCUCCCACAUAUACGAGUAUACCACUCAAUUAUCCAUCGAUCCUAAUCUGAAGUUCAAGGGCUCUGAAAAAGGUAUAGUACCAGUUCAAAUGAUUUUCUGCUUAAAAGAACAAAAUAAGAAAAAAAUUAAUUCACAUCGAUGGUUUUUUCAAGCUCUUUGUCCUGUCCUCCAACCAACCGUUUGCAUUUUGCUAGAUGCCGGCACACGGCCAGGAGAUCAGUCGAUAUACCAUCUUUGGAAAUCAUUUGAUAUAAACCAAAGAGUUGCUGGUGCAUGCGGUGAAGUCGUAGUAAUGAAGGGAAAAUAUGGAUCUGGCUUGUUUAAUCCGUUAGUUGCCAUCCAAAACUUUGAGUACAAAAUGAGUAAUCUACUCGAUAAGCCUCUGGAAAGUAUAUUUGGCUUUAUUUCUGUACUACCAGGAGCCUUUAGUGCUUACCGGUAUGAAGCUCUUCUGAACGAUGAUAACGGCAAUGGCCCAUUAGAAAGUUAUUUUCGAGGAGAGUUACAAGAUGGUGAAUGCUCUGGGAUCUUUGAAGCAAACAUGUAUUUAGCAGAAGACCGUGUGCUUUGUUUUGAAUUAGUAUCCAAGCAUAAUCAAGCUUGGACAUUGCAUUAUGUGAAAUCUGCAUAUGCCGACACAGAUGUCCCCGAUCGUGUACCCGAAUUUCUGUUACAAAGGAGACGUUGGUUGAAUGGAAGCUUUUUCGCUGCUAUUCAUUCCAUUGUACAUUAUUAUCGGAUUUUUCAGAGCACUCACACUUUUGGUCGGAAAGUUUUAUUGAUAGUUGAGUUUCUCUAUCUUUUUCUACAUAUGUUGUAUUCAUGGUUCAAUGUUGGUAAUUUCUUUAUCAUCUUCUAUGUCUUAACGUCCAGUGUGGCUCCAAAAGAAGCAAAGUUUCCCCCAGGUGCUGUACUUGCAAAAAUAGUAAACUGGAUUUAUGGCGCUUUAUUGAUCCCUUGUUUUAUCUUGGCGCUAGGAAAUCGCCCACAUGGCUCUAAGAUCUUUUAUACUACAAUGAUAGUUUUGUAUGCUAUGUUGAUGUGUUAUUUAUUGUUCUGUUCUGCCUGGAUAUCAUAUCGUGGGAUUGUUCAUGCGAUGGAGGUUGCAAAAGACCAAGAUUCUUCCGUUGGAUAUGCUUUAGCCAACAACUCGAUAUUUAUUAACAUAGUGGUGUCAUUAUGUACUACCUAUGGAAUGUAUGCGCUUGUUUCUUUAAUUUCAUGCGAUCCUUGGCAUAUGCUGACAUCGUUUUUUCAAUACUUGCUUCUGUCACCUAUAUACACCAAUCUAUUGAGCGUUUAUGCAUUUUGUAAUACGCAUGAUGUAUCUUGGGGUACUAAAGGAGACCAUACCGUUUCCAAUGACUUGGGUACAGCCAAAAAAGAUCAUAGAGGAUCUGUGGUUGAGAUUGCCAUUCCAACAAAUGAGUCUGACAUAGAUGAGAAUUACGAAAAGGCUGUUCGUUUACUAGCAAGUCCAAUUGACGAAACUAUUUUGUCUAAAGAUGGCUCAAUAAAAACGCAGGAUUUUUUUAAAAACUUUAGAACCGUCGUGGUAUUGGCUUGGAUUUUUUCCAACCUUGCCCUAGUUGCUGUCGUAAUAAACUUGAAUCAGACAAGUGGGAUUUCGAUUACUGAGAAUAAAACAAGUUAUUAUUUAGUGUUUCUUUUCUGGAGCAUUCUUGCAUUUUCAGCUGUCCGUUUUAUUGGAUGUAUUGUGUAUUUAUUUUUACGAAUUGUUACAGGGGAAUAACUUCUUAUAGUAAAGAAGUUGUCCAUGUCUUCCUUUAUUGCAAAAUCGUAUAAUGGGUUGAAUCUCAGCCCAAGUUAUUGUAUAAUAAUAAUAAUUUUAUGUUUUAUAAUGUAUUUACC